UGUUCUUUUCAGCCGCGACCAUGUCUGUCUGUGAUGAUACACUGCUGUGUAACUACCCAAAGUGCCGAACCAAGCUGAGUGGCUUCGCCUGGGUCACAGCGUGCUCGCAUGUUUUCUGCGAUCAGCACGGGUCCGGUGAGUUCAGCCGCUCCCCCGCCAUCUGUCCAGCCUGCUCCUCUGCGCUGUCAGGGAAGCUGGACAUAGUGAGAACAGAGCUGUCACCUUCUGAGGAGUACAAAGCCAUGGUGCUGGCAGGUCUGCGACCUGACAUAGUCUUGGACAUUAGUACCAGAGCUUUGGCCUUCUGGAGCUAUCAGGUCCAUCAGGAGCGUAUGUAUCAAGAGUACAGUUUCUCAAGAGCGGAGGUCCAGCUGAAGCAGAUGGAGAAGAUGUUGAGCCAGCAGAAUCAGAGCAGAGAGCUGGAGCUCACCGCCAUGAGAGGGGAAAUCGCCUCCCUGAAGAAAGUGAUGGAGGAGUAUAAAAGGAAGUACAGUGAGGUGUCUGAAAGGCUGAUGGAAAGGAACAGGCAGUACCAGAAACUACAGGGGCUGUAUGACUCUCUGAGGCUGCGCAACAUGGUGGUGGGGGAAAGAGACAGGCCGACACAACCAGGACAUCACGACUAUAACACUGGGUUGGCUCGGCAGGCCAUUCCCCAGAGAAGCCCUCAGUUCCUCUCGUCGGGUCUAGAUGGGGACAGUAGAUUCUUCUCCUGCCUGGAGGCUGACGGAGCCAAAACCUUCUUCCAGUUCAGCUCCCCAGCCCAAGAUCGAGGCCAACCGCUCAUAAAGAAGAACUGAGACAGCAGCGGCUUAUAUACAGACUGUGGCUUAUUCACUUCUCUGUUCUCACUAUUUAUCCAUACAUUCAUUUUUUUCAGUGUUCUAUGGUUUAAAGGUUGAGCUGGUUUGUUCGUGUUCAUUUGGGUGGGGAGCAUUUGUCGCAAUUUUUCAGCAUAACCAAAAUUUGACUUAAAAAGGAUUGAAAUAAAAAAAUGUAAGUAUUCA